GGUGGUAGGCGGUGGCCCUAACAACAGCGUUUUAGUAGCCACAGAACAGUGAUGUGUCGUGAGAUCUUGGGGCAACCUAUUCGUCCGAAGGACAGGUGGUCUCAUACUUGCAAAUCAAUGAGAACGAACGAAAACUUGUCUCAUUUGAUUAUCAGUUUUCUAAUGUAAACCUGAAUACUACUGACGAAAAAGCAAUUUGGGACGAUGUCAGGCAGCGAAAAACGGUCAAAUCCGUCAGUUUUUCAACUGCUUCCAUCCUCUACCAACACUCAACAUGAAGUUCUUGAUUGCCUUCGCAUUUGUUGCGCUGGUCGCUGUUGCCAACGCUGACGAUGAUUAUGACAAGCCGUACUCGACAUCGUAUUAUUCUGUCCCGUCUUAUUCGGCCCCAGCUUACAAGGCUCCAUCUUACUCGGCCCCAGCUUACAAAGCUCCAUCUUACUCGGCCCCAACUUACACGAAAAAGGUCGUGGUUUAUCCGCCUCCCCACUACGAGACCGUCCAAUACGCUGGCUACACCCGUGCUGGCAAAAAAGGCAAGAAAACUGUUCCAGUCUACAAGACAGUAGACAAGUACUAGGUACCGGAUUGACGCACCUAUGUUGGAUUUUAAGCUGAAUAUGUAGUCCAACCAUCAGCACAGUGCAUCUGUCUGCCUUAACUAAAACUAUUUAUUUCAAAAAAUUUUAUUUUUCAAAUUAUUUGAAAACUUAACACCGUGAAUCAGGGUCGUUAUGCAUGCUGUUGUGUGCUGAUGAUGCUGGAUAAUCAAAUAUUAGUAUACAUUCGUUGUGAUUGACCAGUAGAACAAUGGAAAAUAAAACGAAAUGCUUUCCUAUGA